AUGGCCUCUUCCGACCUCGCCUCGACCUACGCUGCCCUCAUCCUCGCUGACGAGCAGCAGGAGAUCACCGCCGACAAGAUCGUCUCCCUCACCACGGCUGCCAACUGCCCCGUUGAGCCCAUCUGGGCCACCCUCCUGGCCAAGGCUCUCGAGGGCAAGGAUGUCAAGGACAUGCUGAGCGCCGUCGGCUCCGGCUCCGGUGCCGCCGCUGCUGCCCCCGCCGCCGCCGCUGCUGGCGGUGCUGCGCCCGCUGCCGCUGAGGAGAAGAAGGAGGAGAAGAAGGAGGAGAAGGAGGAGUCGGAUGACGACAUGGGCUUCGGUCUCUUCGACUAAGCGUUUGCCGCAAUCAAGGCAGCAACGUCGACCACCACGACCGAGCUGCCCAAUCCUGCCGGCUAUCGUCUCAUCACCUCAUCAUACUCUGUAAAAGUACUCUUCUUCUACAUCCCCUCUGUUGCGCCAGCUCCCAUUCAGCGGCUGGAG